AUGUUUUGUCUGAGAGGUUAUGUCCACUGCACCCCUGGACUCUGCUUCCUUUUCACUGACCUGGUCUGGGGUCAGGCAGCUUUGGGAAAACUUUCACGCUGGUUUUUCUUUGGUCCUAAACAUCGGAGUAAAUCUCAGAGGAGUUUCUUCGGCAAAACAGCAGAUUUUUCCAAACGUUCUGGACUAUUCCCUUUCUGUCUUUUUAUCAUUUGA